AUGAGCCAGAAAGAAGAAGAAAUGGAGGAUAGCCCUCCGCCACUCUGCGUCACCUGCGGCCAAGCGCAUUUACCGGAAGAAAACCACUUGUACAGCUACACCGAAGAAGUAGAUGAUGACCUGAUGUGCCACAUUUGCCUGCAACCCUUGCUCCAGCCGUUAGACACGCUCUGUGGUCACACCUUCUGCGCAGCCUGCCUUACCAACUUCCUGGUGGAAAAAGACUUCUGCCCCAUGGACCGCAAGCUUGUGAUCCUCCAGACGUGCAGGAAGUCCAGCAUACUGGUGAAUAACCUCCUGGACAAGCUAAUGGUUAGCUGCCCUUUCACAGAACACUGCUCGGAGGUCAUGCAACGCGGUCACCUCGAACAGCAUUUCCAAACCCAAUGUAAAGGAGCAUCCCACUAUGGCCUUACCAAGGAACGGAAGAGGCGUUCCCAAGACUGCUCUCCAGACCAUGGCUCCAGCUUGGCAGUAGCUGCCCUGGGCCCCGAGCUCUCAGCAGCUGCGGCCAUCGCCUUAAUGACAGAUGAGCCAGGGCUGGUGAACCCAGCCUUCAGCCCCACCUCGGAGGACAGCCAGUCGGGCAGCAGCCCCGGAGACCUGCAUCGCAGCAACCGAAACAGAACUCGACACUUUGAACGCUCCACUAUAAGAAGCAGAUCUUUUAAAAAAAUCAACAAGGCGUUCAGUGUUCUUCGAAGGACAAAAAGUGGAAGUGUGGUUUCCAACCAGGCUGACCGGCAAAGGGAGGCUGUUGGAAACCCUGCUGCUGGAGAGGAAGGUUUUCCCAGGCUGUAUCACCUGAUUCCAGAUGGGGAAAUUACCUGCAUUAAGAUCAACCGUACAGAUCCCCAGGAAAGCCUGGCCAUUAGGAUCGUGGGAGGCAGCGAGACUCCUCUGGUUCACAUCAUCAUACAGCACAUUUAUCAAGACGGGGUGAUCGCCAGAGAUGGAAGAUUGCUGCCUGGAGACAUGAUAUUAAAGGUAAAUGGCAUGGACAUCAAAAAUGUGCCUCACCACUACGCCCUGUCCAUCCUGAAGCAACCCUGCCACGUGCUCCGGCUGACGGUGCUCCGAGAGCAGCGGUACCGAUGCCGGAACAGCGGGCUGUCCCUCGACGCUCACUGCAACAGGGACGACAGUUUCCACGUUGUGCUAAACAAAAGCAGCCCGGACGAGCAGCUGGGAAUAAAGCUGGUCCGCAAGGCCGACGAACCGGGGGUUUUUGUUUUCAACUUGCUGGAAGGCGGCGUGGCUGCCCGGGAUGGACAGCUUCAGGAGAACGACCGGGUGCUGGCCAUCAACGGGCACGACCAUCGCCAUGGCAGUCCGGAGAGCGCAGCCCAGCUGAUACAGGCCAGCGAGAAGCAGCCAUGUCCCACCGAGAGGAACAACCCCAGCAAGAGCGCCCUUCAUGCUGUCACCUGUCACGAGAAGGUGGUGGCUGUCCGGAAAGAUCACACGGAGUCGCUGGGAAUGACUGUAGCUGGUGGAGCAUCCAACCGGGAAUGGGAUUUACCUAUCUACGUGAUAAGUGUUGAACCUGGAGGAGUUAUCAGCAGAGACAGCAGGAUAAAAACAGGUGACGUCCUCCUGAACGUAAACGGGAUCGACCUGACGGGGGUCAGCCGGAGCGAGGCCGUCGCCCUGCUGAAGAACACCAACUCAUCGGUGGUGCUCAAAGCCCUGGAGAUGAGGGCGUUCGAAGCCCGGGAGGAGCGGGGGCACCUUCCUCACCGUUGGUAUUUGUACAGCUGCAGAGAAAUCGUCUUACGCAGAAACACGUCUGGAAGUCUUGGCUUCAGCAUCGUCGGGGGUUACGAGGAACACACCGGGAGCAAACCCUUCUUUAUUAAAUCCAUUGUUGGGGGAACACCAGCAUAUCAUGACGGCAGAAUUAGAUGCGGCGACAUCCUGCUCGCUGUCAACGGCAGGAACACGUCGGGGAUGAUGCACGCCUGCUUGGCGAGGAUGCUCAAAGAACUGAAAGGCAAAAUCACUCUCACCAUUGCGUCCUGGCCUGGCACUUUUUUAUAA